AUGCCACCGUCGCGAAGUUGGUUCUCUCCACCGACCCGCCGCGAGCUAACACUCCUGCUGUUUUCCUUGUCGAUAUUUGUGCUUGCGUACAACCUUGAGUCGUCCCUGCAUUUUGUAGGAGUUCAUCCAGAGAAAUCCGCCUAUCUAUCUACUAUUGGCCUCAGCGCGAAGGAUCCGGGAUUCGACCCAGACGGGCGACGGCCCAAAGAGUGGCGAGACGAUCUCGAGGCUCUAAUAUUCGGAAAUUGGCAAUGGGAGGAGGGGAAGGUUUCGGGUGUCGAGCACGGAGCGGUAGGUCUGGGGCUUGGUGAUGCGGCGAUCUAUGGUGGGGCGUCUGGCAGGAAGGCGAGCCGGAGCGCAGGCAAGGAAGAUUGGGGCGUCGGCGUGAACAAGGGGGUAUCGGUGCACGAGCAGUUCGUGCGAUGGGGGCCCGACGUGCCCGUGACGAAGGCCCUUGCUCAUGUUCCGGGGUAUACCAUCCUCGACAACGUUUUGAUUGCAAACGGCACGUUCUUCCUGGUCACUGAUGACCCUUCGUCCUUGCCCCCGCCUGCGGCUAUUGCGUCCUCUACCCUAGAUCACACCCAACCCCCAGACCAGCACUGGCAGGUAUUGACCAAAGACGAAGCAAGAACACAAUUAGGAACAUACGGUGGCAGAAUUUACGGAACUUCAUGGGUCGCCACCGACCCACCCGCGUUGCAAGACCCGUACACCUUCCUCUCGCUAUUCCACGCGCACAGCACUCUGUCGUCGCCCGACUCCAAGGCCGGAGUGCCGGCGCCACUGAGGCUGAUGCUUCCACAUGUUCCGACGUUCUCGAGCCCACAACUGCCAUCGCCUGGUGGUGACAAUAAGAUACACCCCCCUCCCCGAGAGCGGUCCUACAAUGGUUUCCAUCCUCUGCUACCGAAAGCCGUGAUUCCCACACUGGGGCUAUGGUACCAAGAGGAUUGGGAGGAUCUCGCAGAAAUGAACCUUCCUUGGUUGCUGGAGCGGGUGGUGAUCGCGGAUCGCGGGGCGGCGGAGAGAGGGCGGGAGAACUGGGGCAGGCGGUGGAGGCCCGCCGACAGGAUGGCGGAAAUCAGCGACCACGAUUUCAAGAGAGCCGAAGACGACGACGGCAAGCCCGCGUGGGCUGCGCCGUUUGUCGGGCUCAAGGCGCCGGAGGGCUGGUGGGCGCCCGUCCGCACAGCCCUCGCGCGGUACCUCCGGUUACCUGAGCAAAGCCAGUCCUCCGCGGGCUCCGGGUGGAGGAAGAAGAAGGCGGUGGUGAAACCGGUCGUGACGUACGUGUCGAUGCAGGACGAGCCGUUCACUGCGGGCCCCCGUCUGCGAGACGAUCAUCACGAGGCGCUCGUCGCAGGCCUGGCGGACCUGCAGGGAGAGGGCCUGGCGAGCGAAGUGUUCGUAGUGAGAGGGAACGGGAGCGUGGAUGUGCACGGGUGGGAAUGGGAAGAACGGAUGAAUGCAGUUGCCAGAUCAAGUGUCGUACUCGGUCCCUAUGGAUUCCACCUAGCGGAUAGCAUUUUUAUGUCGCCUUCUCCUUCGUCAUCACUUGCUUCGCCUUCUGCGCCGUCAUCCCAAGAACAAGCGGAGUCAGGACCGAUACUCAUGGAGUUCUUCCCUCCUGGGACAUUCGUUCGUGAUCAAGAGUUCGCCGCGCGUUCGCUGGGCCUGAGAUACAUGGCAUGGUGGAACGAUCGAAAAUUCACCGGAGACUCCUUGCCUCCAGUCAUGCUUCCAGACGAGUCGUCCUUGAAUCAGAGAAUACCCAUAGAGCCGAAUGCCGUCGUGCAGGCUGUGCGGGAAGAGCUCUCACGACGAUGA